GGCAGGAUGACAUGAAUGGAUGGCCCGGACACACCUUCCGUCCCAGUCCUGAAAACCCCUUCGGGAUCUGCAGACAGCUCCUGGACGCUGCCAGAGGAGCCGCUGAGGGCCAGGGACGCACCCCACCCCGCCGCCCAGAUCCUGCCCGCUCCGCUCCGCGUGCCUGUCCCGGCGCACUCGCUCCCUCCCCGCGGCUCCCGGGCAGCGGGCACGCACCAUGCUGCCCAGCUCUGUGGCGGCCCAGGCCGGAACCUACUGGGAUGUGGUGGCAUCCUCGGCACUCCUCGGCCUCCCCGCGCCGGGCUUUGGCAGCUUGGGCAAGAGUUUCCUGAUCGAGAACUUGCUGCGCGCGGGGGCCGGGCCCACGCACGCGCCCCCGCCCCCGCGCCCGGCGCCGGGUCCCGAGUGUCCGCCGCUGCGGCCGCUGCCUGCCAGCCCGGUGCCGCUCAAGCUGUGCCCGGCAGGGCCCUACGGUGUGCGCUGGGCCUUCCAGAUGGCCCCUGGCCGGGCUCCAGGGGAGCGAGACAGUGCCUACCAGCCCUCAGCCCCAGUGCCCUCCAAACCUUUUCUUCUGAGCGCCUCGCCAUUCUACUCUGCGUGCUGCGGUGGGUCCUGCAGGCGCCCUGCCUCCCCCACAGCUUUUUCAAGAGAAGAACACGGGCUGCCUCUGCUGACCCAGGACUCAAAUGCCAAAGCUCGAAGGGGGAUUUUAAGAAGAGCUGUGUUCUCAGAGGACCAGAGAAAGGCCCUGGAGAAAAUGUUUCAGAAGCAGAAAUACAUCAGCAAAACAGACCGAAGGAAACUCGCUGUCAGCUUGGGACUGAAGGAGUCACAGGUGAAGAUUUGGUUCCAGAACAGAAGGAUGAAGUGGCGGAAUUCCAAAGAAAAGGAAGUGCUCUCUAAUCGGUGCCUUCAGGAAGUGAGCCUUCAAGAAGACAGGCUGGCCCGGCCUGCUGUGGGCUUUCCUCCUCAGUGCGCUUCCAUAUGGGAAGUCUCCCAGCCACAUGCCAGUCCCAGCUGGAGGGAGAACUCUCCAGGACCCACAGAAAGACUGACCCAGGAGAAUCCUGGGCUGCCAGAAGCAAAUCCGCUCCGAGGGGCCUUGUAUUUGUGUCCUGAGAAGGAGGCUGGAGGCAAGGGUGGACUCAGCGGCGCCAUAUGAAGGGAAUGUGCUCCUUGCUCACCUAAAAGAACCCUUAGCCAGUAACAUUUGGAUUAAAGCCAGUUAGAUUGUGCCUCAAAAUUGCCUUAAACUAACACUUCGGCGUGAUGCCUGAGCUGUUGCCCAAGGAGAGACUCUCUACUGUUUUUUUUUUGUUUGUUUUUUUUUGUUUUAGCUCUAGACUGAGGCUCAGUGUAUGAAUGCAAUAGAACCUCCCAGAAGGUACACUAGGACCGGAAGAGUAAGAGCCAGCAUCAGCCCAGAGCGUAUUCUGGAUAUGUGUAUAUAUGCAUGUGUCUGUGUGUAUGUAUGUAUAUGCUCAUUAAAUACAUUAGCAGAAAACUGUU